AUGCACUCCUUCCUCCAGAUCGCCCUGCCGGCUCUGGCUCUCACAGGCUCCGCUUUUGCUCAGUCCAGCUGCACCAACACCGCGACUGCGACCAUCUCCAACGCCGCUGAUGCCACCGCUCUCUCUGGAUGCUCCACCUACUCCGGAUCCAUCGCUAUCGCCACCAGCGUCACCGAGGACAUUGCGCUGAACGGCAUCAAGAGGCUGAGGGGCGACUUGGUCGCUGUCAACAAUGCGAACAUGAAGCGUCUUAGUGCAGACAGCCUCGAGCAGCUUGAUGGCUCCCUCACCUUGACCGGUCUCGUACGCCUGUUCGGCAUCGACUUCCCCAAGCUCAAGACGGUCACUGGCAUCAAGUGGAGCGCUCUUCCCAACCUGAACACUAUCGGCUUCACCGCCGAGGUCACCAAGGCCAACACUGUUCAGAUUGAGAACACCGGUCUCCGCGAUCUCAAGGGUAUCAACAUCGAGCAGGUCGAUACUCUUUUCAUCGCCAACAACGGCCAGAUUAACGAGGUCAACAUGCAGCUUGGUAAUGUCUCUGACUCGCUGACCUUCGCCAACAACAACAAGGAGCUCGCCAUCACCCUCCCCAACCUCAUCUGGGCCACCAACCUUACUUUCCGUUUCGUUGGCUCCCUUUCGAUGCCUUCUCUGAAGAGCACCAACGGCUCCCUGGGUCUCUACAACAACGACUUCUCGUCUUUCUCCGCUCCCAACCUGACCUCUAUCGGCGAGGCCCUUGCUAUUGUUGCCAACGAGAAGGUUUCCAACAUCAGCUUCCCUCUGCUCACCAAGAUCAACGACAACCUCCAGAUCGCCAACAACACCAACCUCACCACCCUUGAUGGAUUCCCUCUGCUCAAGAGCAUUGGUGGUGCUUUCGAUAUCUCUGGAAACAUGAGCAAGGUCGAGACUCCUUCCCUUGAGCUCGUCGAGGGCACAUUCAACCUGCAGUCUACUGAUAACGUCACCGAGGCUUGCGCUUUCUACCAGCCUCUGCAGAAGAAGGAUGCCAUCAAGGGCAAGUUCUUCUGCAAGGGCAAGCUCGUCGACCCCGGCCAGCAGGGAAGCAAGCCUACCGAGCAGAGCGGUAACAGCAACUCCCAGACUGGUGCUGCCACAAGCCUGAGCGCUGUCAACGGUGCUCUCGGUCUUGCUGCCAUGGCUGCUGUUUUCCUUCUGUAA